AUGAUAACUGCCGCAGCUCUACACAUGUCCAAUGUUCCAAGGCCAGACACCGACAAGUCGCUGGUAACACAAAAUCACACCAACAACUGGAAUCCAUCUCGGAGAGCUAUGCUUGAUGCAUUGGCGGCUAAACAAAAGGCCCUUUACCUUCUCCGCAUGGCAUUUGAAGAUCUGGAAACCCAUGGACGUGAUAUGGUACUGACAGCUGCCAUGCUUCUUGUCACCGCCGACAUGAUAGACGCGGGGAAACAUGGCUCCAAGGCACAUCUCGAUGGAAUAGGCUGGCUACUAAGCUAUGCUCAGCCGACUACCAGCGUGAGCGAGAUGCUCAAGGACUUUGUCAUAUCGGAUUGUUACAUCUUUUAUGUGUUUGACUUGACAUUCAUGGACCAGAUUCCCCAGUCUUCUCUUGCACUCAAUACUACAAUCGCGUCAUCCGCUAUUCACUAUGCCGCCCGGAACAGGUUUAUUUGCUGCCCUGCUGAGAUCCUCCAAAUUCUUUGGUCCACUGCAAUCAUCUUGCAGCGGCAGUCGGCCAAUAACAAUGAUGUGGAUGGAACGGCUGCAAAAGGCAUUGAAUUAUUCACCGACGCCAUGACUUUCAACGUUGAAUCAUGGUCUCAGGAUAUCCAGCAAGUGCCUCUUGGUCGGCAGGUCACUGACAUUUCAAGCCGGAUACACACAGGAUAUACACAUCAGUUGGCGUGCUGUCUAUACAUCAUGUACGCCGUUCCUUCAGUCAGGAGCUUUCUACCAGAAAGUACAGAACAGGAUCUUGAACACGGGCUCAUUUUCCAUCUCCGUCACAUCACUGAUGAGGACCCCAACUUCAAGACAUCGUUUUGGCUAACGUUCAUUGCGGGAGCUCAAACGAGUGAUCCCAGUCAGCAAGCGUGGAUAAUGGAUAGAAUGAAAAGGCAGUCACGUCUGUUUCCCUGGGGUUUUCUGUAUACAGCAAUGGACACUCUUGAUCUUAUCUGGAGGCAGCGGGCUAACGCUCCCGAUGGGCUGAACUGGUUGGAGAUCCUGAGAAGUCCGGAAGUGAGCUUUCUGAUUGUGUAG